AUGAUGCAACAUGUGUCCCCAGCACCAGCACUGACAAUGAUGGCCACUCAGAGCGUUCCUCCACCAUCGUACCAGGAGAGCCAACAGAUGACAGGCACCACCCAACAGAACUCCAAGGCCCAGCAGGUCCACAUCACAGCAUCCUCGGCGGCUGGGAACACCCCCGUCAGUGUGACCCUUGACCCCCAGGCCCAGCUGGAGUCAGACAAGCGGGCCGUGUACAGACACCCUCUAUUCCCACUGCUGGCCCUGCUGUUUGAGAAGUGUGAGCAGGCCACCCAGGGCUCCGAGUGCAUCACCUCUGCCAGCUUCGAUGUGGACAUUGAAAACUUUGUCCACCAGCAGGAGCAGGACCACAAGCCGUUCUUCAGCGAGGACCCUGAGCUGGACAACCUGAUGGUGAAGGCCAUCCAGGUGCUGAGGAUCCACCUGCUGGAACUGGAGAAGGUUAAUGAGCUCUGUAAGGACUUUUGCAACCGCUACAUUACCUGCCUCAAGACCAAGAUGCACAGCGACAACCUGCUCCGCAAUGACCUGGGCGGGCCCUACUCGCCCUCGCACACCUCACUUAGCCUGCAGCAGGACCUCCUCCAGACGUCCUCUCCGUCCAUGACAUCAGUCUCCAGCUCCGUCAACUCCUCGGGAAUCAUGGUGCCCACCGGGACCCUGCAACAGGGCAACAUUGCCAUGACUACCAUCAACUCCCACGUGGUGUCAGGUGGAACCUUGUAUCAGCCGGUUGCCAUGGUGACAUCGCAAGGGCAGGUGUUAACCCAGGGACUCUCCCAGGGGACCAUCCAGAUCCAGAAUUCACAGGUAAACCUGGACUUGGCUUCACUCUUGGACAGUGAUGACAAGAAGCACAAAAACAAGAGAGGGGUCCUGCCCAAGCACGCCACCAACAUCAUGCGCUCCUGGCUCUUCCAGCACCUCAUGCAUCCCUACCCAACAGAGGACGAGAAAAGACAGAUUGCAGGACAAACCAAUCUCACCUUAUUACAGGUCAACAACUGGUUUAUCAAUGCUCGCAGGCGCAUCCUCCAGCCCAUGCUGGAUGCCAGUAACCCAGACCCAGCUCCCAAGGCUAAGAAGAUGAAGUCCCAACACCGUCCAACCCAGCGCUUCUGGCCAGACUCCAUUGUGGCUGGAGUCUUGCAGACACAUGGACCUCACUCUAAUAACGCCGACAACCCCCUAGGCUUUGACAGCCUCCAGCCCCUGUCCUCUGUCUCAGCCACAAUGUCCAUGCAGCAAGCCAUGCUCGGGGGAACCGAUGACUCCAUGGAUGGCACAGAGGAAGAGGAAGAGGAGGAAGAAGAGGAAGGGAUGGAAGAGGAGGAGGAAGAGGAGGAUGAGGAGGAGGAAGAGAUCGAGGGAGGAAGGAGAGAUCUGGGCAUGGAACAUAGAGAGGGACUCGAGUAAUGAGAGAUGUUAGAGGACUACCUUUUGACCUUUUGACACCUGGGUUGUGUUCAUUACUCACCAAAUGGAAGAACAUUUUGACAGAUUUCUCCAAUAAGAAACAGUCAUUUUCAAUUUCUGUUGCCCUAAUGCACACAACCCAGC